CUUAAAGAUCAUCAUUUGACGGCUAAACAGCUAUCCUUAAUCUGAAAGUCCCUCUCAAAGAACGUUAAUCAUACCACAAUCAUGGCAGAGACACUUUGCACUGUGAAUGGAUGCAAUGGAGUCUGGAUAGUGACUUCCUUCAAUGCCGGAGUGGCUAUCGGCGGGUACGCGAUGUGGUAUCUUUUGAAUAGGCAAACUGGGGAGACGAGAACUGCCGCCGAGUACGAAUGCACGAUUGUGGGAUCCGACAAUGAGACUAUAUACUAGACUAGCUCAUGUUGAUGUUGUGUACUUGAAUGAAGAGGGGCUGUGAUGACAGUUGGAUGAGGAAUUCGUGGUACUUGGAUAUGCAGCACGGGAUAUUCUGUACAUGGCUGGAGGGGGGCAGCGGAGUGGUCCAAAGGGGGGAGUAUAGAAUAAUCCUGGAUAGCAUAUUAUGUACUUCGCACAUAUUUGGUUUCCUGUAGUUUGAUUGAAAUUGCUUUAAGGUCACAUGAGACCUUUUAUGUAAAGAUCGUUUGGAAUUAAACUAUACACACCGUCUGAACGGAGGCUUUGGUUCAUACUGAGACG